AAAUAAAAAAGUUAUUUGUGCUAUUGCUAUCACCUGCAAAAAAGUUUUUACAAACAAUUAUUUAGUUCGUUCCCCAACUAUGUUUACAUUGUGAAAAUAAAGUACUUAAUUAUUACGUCUUUGUAAAUUGCGUACAUUAAAAAAUGGCUACGGUUUUCGAUAGUUCUUUCAUUCGACAACGUUUACAUCGUCUACGGCAUCGUGAUUUUGACUUGGAUGAAGAUCAAAGAUUUGGCCGAUGUGAUUGCACGAGCUAUUCGUAUUUUGUGCUAUCCAUGGUCUUAUUUUCCGUCGGAACCGUUAUUACCGUUUUGGCACUGGGUGAUGCCGAUGGUUACAUUUUGAGUAAUUUAGGCCACAUGUGGCUCGUGGGCCCUAUAUUUAUAUGUUCUGGAAUGAUGGUGGCCGUAAAGAGUAUGUUAUAUUUACGAAGGAAAAGUGUUAUACAGAUGCUUCUUCAUCAACGAGCGAUUAUAAGGGAUAUGGCCAGUGUUCAAGCUGAACAAUCAUACAGUGGCCAAGUGCCACGGACAGCAUCCAGUGCUACAUUACCCCCUUCAUAUGAUGCACUCAUUUCAAGUACUUCUGCAAAACCUCAACCGUCCAGUUCAGAGCCUCCACCCCCAACAUAUGAUGAAGCGAUGUACCUCAUUGAUGAUGGAAAAUAUAAUUUAGAAAAUAAGAGUAUCAAUAGUCCUAAAGAAGAAACUAGCGAGCAGACAAAUUCUAACCAUGAUGUUAGUAAACCAUGAAAAUAUAAUUAGCUACAGCAUUUGCUGUAUGAGUGAAUCUUAAUUCUUCCCUUUGUACUUAUAUUUUUGAAUGCAUAGUCAACAUUUUUCUAGUAUUCUCAUAUGUGCCUAAACUAUUGGCUUGUUGGCAAUAUUGUUAAUGGUGUAAUUAAUUUAAAAUAGCAAGGUAAUGGUGCUCAUUGGGCUGUAUAUAAAACUGUAAACUAAAACAACUUGACUAAGCUGUGGUCAUCAAAAAUAAAAAAAAUUACUUAAGAACCUAUUAUGUUAGGAUAGACAAAGAAGGACAAUUGGAUCUGUUAAUAAUGCUGAAGUUUAUUUACAAUAAAUAUCUCUCCGUUAACCUCUAUUUAGUCUAAAAUGUUGUUAUUUUUUUCUUUAGGAAAUAGUGUGAAAAGAAUAGCAGUAAUUUUGACUAGUUCAUUUUGUUGAAAGUUUUGUGUCCAACCAGCACCAAUGUAGGUUAAGUUGUACUUGUGAAUUAACUCUUUUGACUGAGUUUUGUCAGUGUGUCUCUUAAGUGUGUUUAAUGCACAAAUAAUAAGUUAUUUAGUUUAUUUUAGAGCUCACUUUUCGAAUAUAUUUUCUCAUUAUAGGUACAGAAUGCAAAUUAAGAUUUUAUACAGUGUGGUACAUAAUAGUAUCAAAUAAUUAUGGAAGUAUUUAAUUCAUUUCACAAGAUGGUAAGUAGUAGUUAGGUCUCAUUUUGGACAUUUCAUUUACCAUCAUAAAACAGCUAACUUUUCUAAAUAUAGAAUUUUCUGAAAAUCAGUGCCUUGGCAUCAAUUUAUUUAAAUGUGUCCUUUUAUUUUGUUAGUAAGUUAUACCUAGUGUAAAGUCUUAAAUGCAUUUUAUUAUUAUUAUAAGCUAGUAGUGUGUAGAAGUUUGUCUUAUUCCUGCACAAGAUGAUAUGCAUUUGUAAACAGUCAUUGUUUUCAUAAGCUCUUAAUGCAACAUUUCAAGCUGUAUAUAUAGGUUCCUAUGUGUGCAAAAUAAUAAGAUAGUCCUCUAAUAGGUAUGUACUUAUUUAUGUUAUGAGAAAACCACCAGUGACAGGUCUUCUAAAAUAAUCGUAAUAUCAGUUUUUGUUACACUCACUAAAGGAAACAAAUCAAAUAUUUAAGUUAUUAAAAAUUACAUAAAUAAUUAGAUUAAGAAUUUUUGAGUAAAAACUCAUAGCUUUUGCUAUCUUAAUAUGCAAACAUGCCUUUGAAAUACAUUAAAAAGGUAUAGUUAGUUGUACCAUUUUAUUAUUAACUUAAGGUGAUCGGAAUAUGCACUUAAUAAUUAUUGUAAAGACUGAAGCAUUUACACUUUACAUUGUUGGCAAUUUAUAAGAAAACAUUACAUUUAUUGUAUAUAAUGUUGAUCUGAGUUGAUAUAUUACUUCAAAGUAGAUGAUUUUAACUAUAUUAAAAUAAAAACCUUUUGAA